AGAUAUUUAUUCGAUCAAUAACAUAAAUAUCUAAUUCAACCGCGAAAAAAAAAUGUUAAAUUUCCUUUUUGAAACACUAUGUAUAUAGCUAUCCAUAACCGUUUUCGUGAUAUCAACUAUCAACCACAGCAUUUCAGCAAGCAAAGUAUACUUAUAAUUAGGCCAUGGAAGAAACCGUUAACGAUGUCGUAGCAGAGCCGCCGUCAUGGGCGGAGCUCCUCGGCUGCAACAACUGGGAAGGCCUUCUGGACCCCUUAGACCUCUCCCUCCGCCGCUUCCUCCUCCUCUGCGGCGACUUCUGCCAGUGCACCUACGACGCCUUCGACGACGACGACAACUCCCCCUACGCCGGCUCCUCCCGCUACGGCGAGAAAUCCUUCUUCCACAAGGUCAAGUUCCCCUCCGCCUCCGCCUAUCAGAUCUCCUCCUUCCUCUACGCCACCGCCACCCUCGACAUCCCCGUCACCCCCGACCGCGAGACCAGCUUCAUCGGCUACGUCGCCACCUCCGCCUCCACCCUCCCCGGCGGCCGCGGCGAGAUCUACGUCGUCUGGCGCGGCACCAAGACCAACAAAGAGUGGAUCGACGUCGCGCACUUCGAGCCCGUCCCCGCUUCCGCCAUCACCCCCGCCGCCGACCCCGCCCCCAACGUCAUGGACGGCUGGCUCAGAAUCUACACCUCCUCAAACCCUAAUUCCCAAUCCCAAACCCUCAGCGCCCGCGAUCAGCUCCGCGCCCAGAUUCUUCAACUUCAAGGUCUCUACAAAGAUGAAAACCUCAGCAUAGUCGUGACGGGGCACAGCCUGGGCGCGGCGCUGGCCGUGCUCUCGGCGUUCGACCUCGUCGAAAACGUCGUCGUCCCCGACAUCCCCGUGACGGCCGUCGUCUUCGGCUGCCCGCGGGUCGGGGACGGCGCGUUCGUGGAGAGGCUGCGGACGCACCGCAACCUCAAGAUCCUGCACGCGAAGAACGUGCUCGACCCGAUCCCGUUCUACCCGCAGGGAUUCGGGUACAGCGGCGCCGGCGUGGAGAUGGUGGUGGACAGCAGGAAGUCGCCGUGGCUGCGGGUGAUUCCGAAGGAUUUGAUGGACUUCCAUAACUUGCAGGGGAUGCUGCACGUGGUGGCGGGGUGGCACGGGGAGGAGGGGGAGUUCGAGGUGGCGGUGAAGAGGAGCUUGGCGUUGGUGAAUAAGUCGUGCGCGUUUCUGAAAGAUGAGUGUAAAAUCCCGGGGUCGUGGUGGGUGGCGGAGAAUAGAGGGAUGAUGCUUAAUGAAGAAGGGGACUGGGUUUUGAAGCCGCCGCUCGACGACGAUUGCCCCGCCGUGCCGGAGUGAUCCACACCGGACGGGAUCCUCUCUAUUGCGAAUUUGUGUUUCUAUUGCAUAAUCAAUCGUGCAGUAAUUUGUGUAUUUGGUUCUUACUUAGGGAGUAUUAAUAAAUAAAAGUGUAAUUGGCUCUAUCUAUAAAUUAGUACUCCAUCCGUUUCUAAAACAUCUUUGUAAGGAAAAACGGCACAGAUUUUAAUAAAAAAUAAUUGUGUGUUU